ACCGUUGACGUCAUUGUCUCGGGGUAUAUGUAUGUGUGAAUAGAAACGGUGUUCGUUUGUAUCAGAAGCGUCCAUUGAAGAAGCAAAUCCAAAAGCUCGAACAUGGACAACCAUCUUCGAAUCCUUCUGGUUUUCUUCCCGGUGCAAGGCCACAUCAACCCGUCUCUCCAAUUGGCCAAGCGGCUCCGCGCCAUGGGGGCCCAAGUCACUCUUCUCACGGCCUACUCCGCGCUUAAUCGCAUGGCCGGCUCCAGGAACCCGCCGGAAGGCCUGAGCUUCGCUGGAUUCUCCGACGGAUACGACGACGGGUGGCAAAAGGCCGACGACAUGAAGCUCUACGUUGCAGAGCUUAGGAGACGGGGGUCGGAGGCGGUGGCGGAGGUCAUCAAUUCCGCCGCCAGCGAGGGGCGGCCGUUCGUCCAUGUCGUUUACACAAUUUUUCUUCCGUGGGUCGGCCGGGUUGCUCAUUCGCUUCACGUUCCGUCGACGUUUCUCUGGAUUCAACCGGCUACCCUUCUAGAUGUCUACUUCUACUACUUCAACGGCUAUGGCGACGAGAUAAGGAAAAAUUCAGGCGACCCUUCAUGGUGCCUCGAGAUUCCCGGGCUGCCCCGGCUCACCGGCGGCGAGCUCUCCUCCUUUGUGCAAUCCCAGGAUGGGAUUUUGCUUCCAGUAUUUAAGGAGCACUUCGAUGUUCUCAAAUCUGAAACAAAUCCGAAAAUUCUCGUCAACACGUUUGAGGCAUUGGAAUCCGAAGCUUUGAAAGCCAUCAAGAACCUGAAAAUGGCGGCUGUUGGGCCGUUGAUUCCGUCUGCAUUUCUAAACGGGAAGCAUCCGUUGGACACUUCUUUCCGCGGCGACAUCUUUGAGAAAUCCAGAGACUAUGUCCACUGGUUGAACUCACAGCCCAAAGAAUCCGUCGUUUAUGUAUCUUUCGGAAGCAUUUUUGUUCUAUCGCAGCCACAAAUGGAGGAGAUUGCAAAAGGGUUGGUGAAAUGCAACCGGCCAUUUCUGUGGGUGGUGAGAAGAAACGAAAAUGGCGAUAAGCAGGAAGAGAGGCUGAGCUGCAAAGACGAGCUGGAAGAGAAGGGUUUGAUCGUGCCAUGGUGUUCGCAGCUGGAGGUUCUGCAACACGAAUCCUUGGGGUGCUUCGUGAGUCACUGCGGGUGGAAUUCGACGGUGGAGAGCCUGGUUUCUGGCGUCCCGGUGGUGGCGUUCCCUCAGUGGACCGACCAGCCGACGAACGCGAAGCUGGUUGAGGAUGUUUGGAUGACGGGAAAACGAGUGGGAAAGAAUGGGGAAGGAAUUGUGGAAAGUGAGGAGAUUUACAGAUGUAUAGAGAUGGUGAUGGGAGGGGAUGAGAUGAGGAGAAAUUCCAAGAAAUGGAAGGUUUUGGCAAUGGAAGCUGCCAUGGAAGGUGGGUCGUCGGACUUCAAUCUCAAGGCUUUUCUGGAUGAUGUGAGAGCAGCGACAUGAUCAUGUGAGGUUCAAAUCAACGUUUAAGAUAUCGUGGUUAUUUUUUGGGUACAGCACUUUUUGAUAUUUAAAAGGGCUAUUAGCUAAAAAAAAAUCAAACGUUUUGAAUUUUUGUAAUUUUAUUUAAUAUUUUUAAUUUUGACCCAGAAGAAUCUAAUUUUUGAAAUUAGUUGUAA